AUGGGGAAUCUUUCCACAUCUCUUACAAGCUUUUCCGCUAAUAAUUGCAAAAUCAAAGGGCGAAUUCCAAAUGGAGUUGGAAACUUAAGUAGCUUAUUAAUCCUUGAAAUUUGUAGAAACAACUUGGCUGGAUCGAUUCCCACAUCUAUUGGCAACUUGAGAAACCUUCAGAGCUUUGACUUGAGUGAAAACACUCUUAUAGGAUUUAUUGGAGAUAGUCUAUGUAAAUUACAGAGAUUGGCAAGCUUAGGGAAUCUUAAAGAUCUAGUGGUUCUUGACUUAUCGUCAAACAACUUAGGUGGUUCUUUACCUCCAAAAAUUGGAAAUUUAAAGGUUGCGACACUGAUGGAUCUGUCAAUGAAUCAAUUCUCAAAUGGAAUUCCUAGAGAAAUUGGAGGAUUGCAAAAUCUGGUGCACCUUUCUUUGAGACGCAACAAAUUGCAAGGAUCUAUACCGAACUCAAUGAGCAACAUGGUAGGUUUGGAAUUUCUAGACCUUUCUCAUAACAAUAUAUCUGGAAUCAUUCCCUAG